AUUACCGGAAGUAGUAAUAAUAAAGCUGAAGCUGAAGGCUACCAGAAGAAACCAUUGACAAGAGAUCGACAGCUUAUUUUCAAAUACUGUAUAUUAUCAGUAUAAUUCAAAAUGAAACAAAGUGGGCAGUUGCCGGGUGUGGACCCUAAAUCAUUUCGCUGCUGUUUUUGUUGCCACGUAAAAACAGGAACACUGUUCUAUGGGAUAGUUAUUGCGGUAGGGCCUUUUUUUCUCUCUCCUGACUGAUUAUAAUUUAAUGGGAAGAAUAGUCCAAUUUAUUUAGGCCUAGCUGAUUUGUCACAACGGUAAUGAUCGGGAAAACCCGAUAAUAGAGCAUUGCGAGUCCGCCUGUCGAAAUAAUGACGACCACCUAUCAAUUAAUUUUUGAAAUUACAUUGUAAUUUUAUUCUUAAAGUUAAAAAAAUAAAGUAGUAAUUAGUAAGAGGUCAUCUUAGUCUCAAACUUACACUUGGAACUUAGAUGGUUAUUUAUUUAACAUUUUCCCCAUGGCCAUGGGAGUGCAUCUUUUACUAUUUGUCCAAAAAUAGGCACUUUGGUAUAGCAAGGAAUGUUGGUGCUUUUUUCAUUGAAUUCAUUGAUAAAAGGACUAUUUUGUCAUAAAAUUGUGGUAUUCAUCCACAUGUUUACAGUUACAGUCUUGGAUAUCUUGGCCUACAUUUCACUUUCCAUUUUAAUUUUUUGCCUCUUCAAUCGACCCCCAAUAUUGGAAAUUCCUAGAUUAUAUAAUGUAUUUUUCUCUAAAAGUUUUAUGAAGGAAGUUCAAAAUCUAUGUUAAUCUUAUUAAACUUCCUCAUCAUUAUAUAUUGAUGUAUAUGCAUGCCAACUUAUCUCAUUGAGUUAGGACAUAUAGGAUAUCAGCCAUUAAUUAUGCCCGUCCAAGUAACCUGCAUUAUCAUAAUUAUUAGGUCGCACGGGCACAGGCCUAUUUCGACCACACACCCUUUUUAAUGGCGGAAGAUGCCAAUAUUUAAGAAAAUUAAAUUUUCCAUUAUUACCACUGUUCACAUUUGAUGACUUGAAUUUUAGAAAAGAACUUAAAAUGCAUUUAAACAAGAAUAUUUUUAUUUGAGGUUUACUAUAAAUUAUCAUAAUUUGCAGUGACCAAUACAAUAUCAUGAGCAACCAUUCAUAAAAUUAAAAAUCACUUGCAUGUUCUAAAGUAUUAUUCUGAUUGUUUCAUUCAUAAGAGAUUACAGUGUGUAAAAACUAUUAAAUCAUUGGUUAAGGACAGCUUUAAUUAAUUUGUCAUUUGCAAAAGUUUAAAGUUCAAAAUAAGUAGUCCCAAACCAGUAUUAUUUUUAGGGGUACGCUUUGCCUUACAUAGUCUAUAUACCUGGUAUAUAAUGUAAUGGAUGCCUAAAACAUAGUGAACAGAAGAUCCAUAUUGUAUUUAUUAAAGUUAAUAAUCUAACAUAGCUAGAUACGUUACAAUGUAUUUAUAAAUGCAUGAUAGUAUUAAAAAUUAAAGUUAAUGUUAGAACUUUUAAUACCUGGCAUAAAUCCUGAAAAUAGUUUUAUAAAAUUAUCAUUUAAACAAAAGUUUUUGCGCAUGACUCGAUCAGUGGAAUUGGUUCACAAAUGUGGAUGGGAGUCCAUAGUAAAAAAAAAUAACAAACGAACUUGCACUUUAAAAAUUCAUAGCUCAAAAAGUGCUUAAGCUAGAAAGUUUAUUAUGGUUUCAUUUUUUUAAAAUACAACUGUAACAAUUGGGAGGGGUGACAUCACUAGGGUGAGACAACUCUUGUCAAAAACCCAUACCGUUUACUCAAACUUACCUAUCUUUUUAACAGUGAAUCUUCUAAAUUUUAUUUUGAAGGCAUUAGAUUUAAACUAGUUAAAACAUAUCGAAAUGUAAAAUAUUGGGAGAUUACUAAUUACAAUUUUUAUUUUUACAAAUACCAUUUUAAUAAGACAGUUCUCAAUUUUUCUGUUUCAGCUCAUCCAUCUGGUUUUCUUGGGAUUUCUUAUCCUUGCUGCCAUUCACCCUGAUGUUUUGGUACCAGAUAACAAACAACAGUAUGAUGGAAUCAUUGUUGUGCAGACAGAAACAGGAAAUUUCAUUCAAAACUUUCCUGAUCAGCCAAUUAAACAACAGAUUAGUAAAGGUGAAUUAUUUCCUUAGGGUCAAACAUAAGUAAAGUAUAUACUAAUACUAAUUGGGACCAGGGGUGGUUUAGGUGACCUAUUUUUGGGUCAUUACAAUGUUCCAACAGAAUGGUUGCGUUAAUAAGAUAUAAUAUAAAGUUACCUUAUCAUGUAUCAUAAUCAUGUAUUUCAUUUAUACUGUUUUAUCGUAUUGCGUAAUAACCAUACCACAAGGUUUAUCAGGGUCAGCUGAUUGUCAAAAAGCGGUUAGGACUGGAAUAUUUUUUCUUCAAAAAGGUUGUUUAUAAAAAUAAACGACUAGUGCUUAUAAUAAAAUCUAAGUUCUCUAUCUUAGUUGUUGCAGGCGUAUUUAUUAACCGUGAACUUCCCAUUGCCUUGACCGUAAAACAUCCAUACUAUCCCAAAAUAAUGGUUAAUAGCUCUAAAUGACUAAUUAACUUUUUUUACAAAAUGCAAUGCGUCUCGCUUAUUUAAACACCUAUUGAUGUAGAGAAAUGAAAAUUAUCUAUCAGAUGAUACCAAAUAUAUAUGGGUGUGUUAAAAAGUUACCUACUAUAUUAAAAAAAAAAAGUAGAAAAUAUGUUAAAAUAAUUCAAAUUUACAGGAUAAAUUCUUUACUUUUAUUGAUUAAUCAGAUUCUUAGUUUAGUUUUGCGUGGAAACAUUGCCCACCAUGGGUGGGGCUUACCUUUUAUAUAUUGUUUGAAGUGUGUGCGAACUCUCAAGGGAAUCAUUGCUUCUUCAAAAGCUAUAGCAGCUCCAGGUCUGUAGAGAGAAUUAUAGGCAGCUUUGACAACAGUGAUCACUGGUCUAAUUUUGUAGAGUGGAUCUUUCGGAAUAAAACAUUUGCUGUCCGCCAGAUGGAAGUAUCUCGAAAAUUUAUUAAAAUGACAUCAUCCACACAAGGAACUUUUAGUUAAGGAUCUUUAGACCAGUGCAUUCUGUAUGGGGCUCAUUUGUACACACCAGAUAUCAUAUUUUUGUAGAUGAUGGUUUAAAUGUCAGUGACGGGGCGGGGGGGCUAAAACUGAUCAUCUAUAUUAUGAUUUUCAAUGCUAGGCCCAACUCCCAAUGUAAACAUGUAAAUUUCCACUGGAUUUAGAAUAACACUCUAGGGAAAAGACUUGGUUGUUGUAGUUUCACUGUCACUAUCAUCACAUACAGAGCCAUUUUCAGAGCUCUCAUUUUCAAUUCUACAAUUGUUAAAACUUUCAUCAGAGGUUUCUCCUAAUCCAUUUUCAAUAUCACUUGCAUUUUAAUUGUUAUCACUUUCAUUGUUUCAAAUAUGUGACAUUGAAAGUUUAACCAAAAUUUAUAAGUACCUAAAUACAGUGAUUUCAAAAAUAUGUAGCUUGUUUGUUAUUCAAUAUAUCAUGUUUCUGUAAAAAAGGAAGUCGAACUUUUAUACUUUCGAACUAUAGCUUUUUUUAACAAUUAAAACAAAAUUUUAUGGUCCAAAACAAUAUUCAUUUGCGUAUAAAGUAGACGAUGGCAGCUACAGGAGGCGAUACAGUAUUAAGUGAUAGUGGGGGAUACAGGAAGCUAUUGGUUAAAUAACUAGCUGGCAGAUUCCAUUAUCCAAAUCUGGUCACUUUUAUAUACAGUACAUCUAGCUUUUACCUGGAAUUAGCGCAGAUCGAAAUUGUUUUUAAAAAUUUUCUCCAUGCCCAUUGCACAGGAUAAUAAUUAAUUCAUAAAAAGACGGAUUUUGGGGUAACUAGCAUUUUGGUUUCAAAUCUGUUUGUGUUACUCAUACUAUGCCAAAAUAAAUUAUACAAAUUUUAGGUGUUCACAAAGCAUAAGUAUAAAAAUUAAUCGGCCACAGAAAAAGAUUGGUGAUUCCUGCAAUGCAAAUAGCAUGUGAUAAUAUUAUUUUAAAAAGUAAGGGGGAAGUUUGUAUAGCGGAUGUUUCUGAUAUUCUGCAUUCAAGAAACAGCCUUUCUAGCAUUUAUUGUUGUUUUUGUUGAAAAUAUAAUAGAAAGAAAACUCUCCUUUGUGUGGGAAUAUUUGGGAUGUUAAAUCAAUUAUUCAAUGGCCAGUAAAGUAUAUGAAGACCUCAAGGGAAAAAGCGUCAGAGUCCAUUUUUAAUUUUUUUGAGAUAUCACCCUUGACUAAUAGUCAGUUAAAAAUAGAAGGUGCUGAAUUAAGUUUAAAGGAGAAAAAAUGGCUAAGUCCAUAUGAAAAAUGGAGGAGCAUAGUCCAAUGUUUACAAUGUUUACAUUUGAAGUCACAUGAUUUAAAGGUCCAAUGAGAGAUAGCUCUAGUGUAAACAAAAUUUAAAGAUGGCGACCGAUUCGCUCAGCUGACCGACAAACCGAGGAAAACGUUAACUGACAGACCUGAUUUUUUAAAAUUUCCUACCACAAGAACACAAAACAAAUUAACAUAAGCACGUUUAAUUGGACUUAAAACAUUAAAAUAAUAAAAUUUGUAUUUUUAAAUCAGAUUUUACCCUUGUUUUGUUAAAUUCAGUUAAUUAAUGUGUGUGUUUGUCUCGUCUCUUUCGCUAUCGCUCUAGACUAGUAGUGACUAAGAGUCUAGUCUAUCACUGUUUGUUGCAUGUCUGUGUCUCUCCCUGUCAGCCUAUCUCAGUUAGUUUGUAUGUCGCUCUCCGGGUCACUUUAACUCUGUGCCUGACUCCCCGUGAACUCUCUAUCUUCGAGUGUCUGUCUUGCUAUCUCUGUCUGUUACUCUACGGAUUUUACUCAUACAGUUACAGCUACUGCUAGAGAAAAAAACAACUAAUUUUGGGCCAAAAUUGUAAGAAGCACAUCAGAAACUCAGAAAGUAUGAUUUUAAAUCUGAUUUUCGGGUUUAAUUCUUUAAUAAUAUAUUUUUUAAUGAUAGUUAUAGGCAUGAUCCAUAUUCUUAUUUUUAUAGUGUCAACAAAAAUGACUUGCCUAAGGCAGGGGUCAUUCGUAAAUUACGUCACGCUAAAAAUGAUCUUUUUAAACACCCCCUCCAUAUGCUUGUUCAUUUCCCUUACUAUCCCUGUCCUUGCCCCCUACUAUCAUUGUUCAAUUCCCCUACUAUCACCUAAAAAAUUAAAAACAUACAUACAAUUUUCAUAACUAAAUUAAGAAAUUAUUUUAUUCAUUUUCCCAUAAUGCAGCGGUUCUAAACCUGUGAGUCGCGACCCCUUUAGUUGGUCAAAUGACUCUUUUAAAGGGGCCACCUAAGACAAUCGGCAAUUGCAUAUCCUCUACAGUUAUGAAGUACCGACGAAAAUCGUUUUAUGGUUGGGGGUCGCCACAACAUGAAGUACUGCAUUAAAGGGUCGGGGCAACAGGAAGGUUGGGAACCACUGCCAUAAUGAUUUAGAUGUAGUAUUAUUAGAAAACUGAGUUUCAUGGUACUUAUAUUAUAAUACCUGAGGCAAUUUUGACAUCAAAUUAAUGUUUUAAAAAUAAUUAAAUUAUUUUUUUUUUCAGAAUAUUUUUGACCCCCCCCCCUUCCCCCUGUCACAAAGUGUGGCAUAUUCUCGACCCACCCCCUCUGAGCGUGGCGUAAUUUGCCAUUGACCCCCAAAUGUGAAUAUUUACUUAUAAAAUAGUUUUAAAUAGAUAUUUAUCAAUAAUCAAACCUUGAUAAAUUACUACAAGGGAAAAAACGGCAGUCCAUUUUGACCUCCCUCUCUACUAUAAUGAAAUAAAUCAUGUUACAUUCAAGUUUGAACUACUUUAUCUAUAUAAUAACUCAGGGAAAUGGACACUCUUGUGAAAUGCAUUUUAAAAAUUACAUUUUGUUUACACAUUUUUGAUGUGCAUGGUUUUGAACUUUAAAAAUGGAAUAUCUCAAAACAACAAAAAUGUGACCCUGCCGUUUUUUCCCUUGUGGUCUUCAUAUUGAUUAGUGUUUCUAGACCAAUUUUGAAACCAUAGGUAUGAUAAAUAUAGCUUAAGAAAUGUGAGAUUGUUAACCAACAGUUUGUAAAUAAUUAUAACGUACGGACUACCUAAAGCCCAGUAUAGUUAUACAGUUAUAAACUGAUGUCAAAAGAUUUGUAAAAGCACCAGAUUUUCAAUGUUUUCAAUAAAUCGGAUUUAUUCCUCUCUGACCUAUUUAAAAUAUCCUAACUUUAGUAACAAUUCUCUCAUUAAUAACGGAAAACUAAAUAUAUUCUUUCCAGAUAAUCUGUGUGUUAUGUUUGGAAUCACUUUGGUGUGCUUAAUUUCAACAAUAGCCCUUGUUUAUGGAGUGGCCAGAGUAAGUUCAUACAUUUAUUACUGUGUUUUUAAUGACAUGUGAUAUACUUACACCAAGGAAGAUAUAAAUAGUUCUUUAACUUCCACAUUUUUUAAAUUAGUUCAAUGAAUUUCUUUUCUUUAGAAUGUGCUCUUAAACUACCAAGAAUUGUUUACCAAUUGCCAGGACAUGGUGGUUGGUGGGGGGGGGGGGGUAACAAUUAUUGAAACUGUUAACAUUUCUUUUGAAAAGUGGGAAAAUUGGGAAGAGAAAAAAAACUUCAAAUAAAAACAUUUUUUAAAUUAGUUCCAUGAAUUUCUUUUCUUUAGAAUGUGCUCUUAAACUACCAAGGAUUGUUUACCAAUUGCCAGGACAUGGUGGUUGGUGGGGGGGGGGGGGUAACAAUUAUUGAAACUGUUAACAUUUCCUUUGAAAAGUGGGUAAAUUGGGAAGAGAAACAAAACUUCAAAUAAAAGUGUAUAAAAAUAUUAGAAUUAAACAAAGACCCAUUUUACAAAUAAUGUAUCGUAAAGCUAAAUAUUUUAAAUGCAUUUUUUCACCCUUUCCCAUCUGUACCUGCACAGAAUUUGGCCAGCUAUCUGAUGCCCUUUUUCUGUCUUCAAGUUUUUGACUUCUGCCUCAGUUGUCUCACUGUGGUUGGCUGCUUCACCUAUGCUCCUAAUAUCAAACAGUGGAUUCAUGACCAAGGAUUGGUAAAUAUCUUGAGGCUUGUUCUGGUAUUCACCAUGAAUAAAGACAGUUAUUUUAUUCAAGCAUUGUUUUUUUUCUUGCUGAGCUUUCAAAUAGAGUUUUAAUAUGUAAUUUUGAAAAUACCUUUGUACGUUCUGUAUGUUUAACACAUGCAUAAAUUAUGUAUUGAAGACUGGAACAAAAUUGCAUUUAAAACUUUGGACUAAAGCUUAUGAGGAUUCUAAUUGAAAUAUGUUGUUAUGAUCCAGGUUUUGGAAUUUUAAAUUUCUUGAUUUGAUUUUAUUUGAUUUCUUUAUUCUCACAAAUAUCCCUAUCUUACAUAUGAUUUCCCUUACCAAUGACAGGAAAACUUCCCUCUGAUGAACAAUCUCAUGUGCUUGGACUCGGAUUAUUUGAUGUUGCUCUUUGUUACGUGUCUUAUCCUUGUCCUCUCCAUUAAGGUAAGCACUCUGCUUUUUACAUUAUGAUUAAAUGCCAUAUAUUGCCAAUUGUUAAAAAGAAAAAAAAAACAGUUUAUCUAAAUGACAUAUUAGAAAUCUAAAUUGAUGAUUUGCACAAAACAAGAGCAUGGUUGAUCAGAGGAUAUAUACACAAUUUCUGUUAAAUGAGCAACAUGUGGAAGUAGCAUAUUUUGUUAAAUUUGUAUUUUAAAUUAUAAAUAUUGUAGUCAUGCUGAGUUUUUUAAAAUUGUGUUUGCUGAGAAGACAACUUUUUGGGGACUAAGUGUCUUAGUCCUAGAGUUUCCAAAUAAAUCAGAAACGACUAUUUGAUGUAGAAUUUUAAUAGGCUAAACAUAUGAAAAUCACCAUUGUUACAUUAAGAAAUGGCGUCAGCAGGGCGAGUCUAGACUCUUAUGCCCCUCCCCGGUCCGACGUAUCGGGCCGCGGAGCGGCACGUUGGAGAUGCCCACUCGUCAGGACGGCCCCCCACACGGGCCCCUCACCCAAGUCCCCCUCCUGGGCGCUCGACCAGGACCCCGCCUGGGGGCCGCCCCAACCAGCAGGCACCCGGUCGACCCGACACUAUGCGUUUAAAUAGUGCACUCGGUCGACUUUCUCAGGAGUCGGGAUGGAAAAAUUUACGUCCUAAUAUCUUCCCCCAUCCAUCCCGGGAAAGCGUCGGACGCCCUAUAAGAGGGAUUCCACAGUGGGUUUCCACAAUGCGACUAGUUCACGCUGUAGCUGGGACGAAACGGUUGCCUAGGGGCAGCGUUCUCACGGCUGCAUUAUUUGAAUCCUCGGCCAGAGGUUACCACCCUCGCCUCUGGCCUCAUACCCGUUAACGGCAACUUGUAAUCAUGAUCCCUACCCUGGCUCUGCCUAGCUUUCCGACUGUGAAAUAUCACAACCGGCAGCCCUGUGGGAGCUGUCUUAUGUACGGCAGGUACCGAGCACACCCUUUGUCUGCCCACGCGGGGCGUGCCCAGUAGUUAUGUUUCCCGGUACACGCCAAGGGGGUCGGUGGCUGACGCUUCCUAAUCGGCAAGCCACAGCAGACUUGUCAACCGGAACCCGGGACAGAAAAAUCACCAUUAAACGCUGCUAUGUUUCUUUGUCUCACAUAUCACAUUUGUAUUAUAGGCUUACCUCAUUGGCAUGGUAUGGUCGUGCUACAAGUACAUCCAGAUGCAUGUUGCUUCACGCAGCAUGGUUAGAGAAUACUCUGUAGAUCCUGACACCGAGGUAUUUGUUUACUUUAGGGGAGAAAAUAGUUAUUUAUUUUGUUGAUUCAAGCUCUGAAAAUUUUCCUUUCCGAAUUUUCACAUCUUAUUUUAGGGUACUUAAGUAAGUAUGGCUUUGGGUAUAAGGAGUAAAGAUAGCUGCAAUCAAGUGGUUUUAAUCUGAUAUUGUUGUACCGACCCUAUGAUUGAAUCUGGCUGAUAAUUCGAUUAAUACUUUAUUUAUGUUAAAUAUUUAAAAAUUGUCAUGAGGGCUUUGUCAUUCUAAAGAAAAUAAUUAUUUCAUGUUUCGCUGUCAUUUGACAAAAAUAUCCACUCAUCUCACCCAUUUGAAUCAAGUCACCUUUAAAUCUUCUCCUCAGAUGCUGCUCCCACCCCGCUAUGAAGAUGCCAUCAAGGUCCCAAGUAACUAUCCUCCACCCCCAGCUUACAACCCUCAGUAAAUUUGGCUACUGCAUCACUUGGCUCUUGAACAGUUAAAUGAGGAUUAGAGAAAAUACAACAUUGGCUUGUUUUAGAAGUAUUUUUUCCUCAGAAGCAAAGUGAUUUUUUUUUUCCUUAAAAAUUAUUACAAUAAAGCCUAAAUGAUUCUGCUUGAAUAAAAUCGGAAAUACCCGUAAAUGACAGCUUCUUUGAAUAUAUUAUGUUGUGUUGUAACUAAUUGUGUAAAUAAAAGUGUUGGACUUUGGGGUUAGGAAUUUUGGAAGGCUUUUUCUGCUCUUUAUCUAUGGAUCUAUACAUUGAUUAAGAAACUUGGAGUCUAAAAUAGAAAAAACUAGCAAGGUAAUAUAAAGCAUUCAACUGUUUAUAAAGGAGUUGCAAAGUUUUUUUCCCAUUAGGGUACUUAACUACAAUGAAAACUUAAUAGCAAUCUCUGCUUUCAAUUUAUUAUUGCAAGAACUAGUAAGAACUUGAUAACUGCCGUCAAGUACUUUAUACAGGGAAAGAGUUUUAAUAACUCGGAUUGCUCUGCUAUUUACCAAAGUUUUACAUUUGAAAUUCUGAACCCUUUGUGAAUAAAGGAUAAAACUUUAAUGAUGGAUCCAUAGUUGUCUACAAUUCUAAUUCAAUCUUUAUUUUGAAUUUAUAUAAUUGGCUUUAUACAAUUACAAAAAGGAUUUUGACACAGUCUGUUCUUUUUAAUGUUUGUUUUGUAUUAUGUUAAUUGUUGCUACAUGCCAGGGUGGGUAUUUUCCUUUUCAAUAAUAUUAAAAUGACAUAGUUGCAAGUCUUGUAUGUGUAUAAUCAGUGUUAUGUCAAUUUUAUGUAUAUAAUGUCCAAGUAAAUUGAUAACUAAUAAUUUUUUAUUUGUAUUAUAUAAUGUCUGACUUGACAUAAAUAAGUUUGAAAACAAGACUAUAUUACUUGCCAGGAAACGUUAUCAUGUGUUGUAAGACACAGGUAUUGUAUACUCCAAUACUUUUUUUUGUGUGGUUAUAUGGAGUUGUCGAGACAGUUCUUUUAUUAUUUUGCUAUUUUAAAAAAUGAAACUGUACUGGAAGGAGACACUUCUAUAUUUUGGGGAUGAAGUUAGAUUUUAUACAAGUUUCCCUUUGGAAAAUUAUUAGUUAAUUAAAUACUUUCAUUUGAUUUCUUUCUUUUUGAUGUCAAAUUUUCGUUUUUCCAAAAUAGAAACUUUCAAUGAGCCUUUGUAAUCUCUUUUCUCAAUGUGAUUAAUCUUGUUGUCCUGGACAUGUUAUUAUGAGAUACAGCUGUCAAAAGAUGUAUUUACACAUGUCAUGUUCACGUAAUUGUAGAAUGACUUGUGAAAAAUCUUUGGAUUCAAUUUGAAAUGAUCAUUUCACAACCACCUCCUUGAGUUUGGCAUUCUGAAAUCUCAUGCAAACAAAUAGAUAAGAAGUCUUUCAAAAUAAAUUUAAGGAGAUGAUGGAAAUAAGGCCAUCUUUUUUUGUGUAACUGUAAAUUGAUCUUUUCUUGAUGAUGUCAAAAUGAAAGACAGUGAGAAAUCCUCCAACCUCUGAAAAAUAAAAACAUUGAAAAUGUAGAGCUGUGAUUUGUUUUUGUUUAUAUUUCAUUCUCUUUACUUUCUGUAACACAUGUAUCCCUUUGCUUCUGUAAAAAUUGCCUGAAUGACACAUUUAAAUAAGAAGUAUUGACAUAGUUAAGACUGAUUUGAUUAUAAAAGUAAAUGCUAACAGGGCAUCAACAACAGAUGUCACUCCUCUGAUUAUUUUUGUGUGGAUAUUAAAUGCAGAGACAAGAUCAAAUUUAAUAUAUAAAAAAAUCUUUACUCUUCUUUUUUUAGCACAAACAAAAUUUGCCUUGAAGGCUAGAGUCCAUUAAACAACUAAGUUAGAGAAAUGUCAUUUGAAAAUAGCCUCAUUAAAAAAAAAAAGCUAAGACAUUUCCAGAUAUUUUCUUUUUGAAUUUUGAUUGACUCCCAAACUUGAUUUAUUAAUAAAGUGUAUUGUAAAUCCCAUAGCUUGCCUUCACCCACGUAUGUAAACAUAGUUUGUUUACCUGCUGUCACUUUAUCCAUGCGUUGUAAUCUAGUAUCUAGCACUAUUUUAUAGACCUAUGUCUGAAAUUCCUCCUGUGAUGCAAUAUUUCAUAAAUGUCGUUUUUACAACUUUUUGAAUUUUUUGGGGUGAUAUUAUUAACUUCUUUAAUUUAAAAGAUCUAUUUAAAAUAAUGUCUGGUUCAGGGAAAGCUUUUGAUGAAAGAUUUUCAAAAUGUCUUGAGCCUGUUAACGACUUUGAUAUCAAAAUUGUAUUGCUCUGGACUUUUAAAACAACAUAUAAAUCACACAUGAAAUGUUAUUCAAACGUAAUAUCUAAAAAUCAAUUGCAUUAUAUCCCAGAACACUUUUGGCUGUCAUAUAUAAAUUAAUCAUAUUUCUUUCUUCACUUUUUUUAUCAUGUCAACCGUUGCCAUAUUGAAGAUUUCAUUGUAAAACCAAUGGACAUAUUUUUUUCUACAUUAGUGACAUUUCUAAAAGUCAUAAGCAAGCAGACCUGGGCUGUCACCUUUUUUUAGCCUUUUGUCAAAAAACUAACAUCUUGGAAAAUGAGGGAGCUUAGUCCAUGUUUCUCAAAUAAUAAACUAAAUGGAAAUGUAAUGAAAUCAAUUAUAGUAGUCCUUGGUAGUUUUCAUCUUUGCCAAUAACUCAGCAGCAACAUGACCACAAGAUAACAGGUACUCACUUUAGACUAUGUUGGUCAACUCUGAAAACUGAACUGAGUUUUUUAGAUAUAUCGUUAUUGUAAAAAGUCUCCCAGGUCAUUUUCAAUAUAUUACUUGUUCUAUACUAGAUUUAAUUUUGUAAUACAACCGAGGGGGAAAAAAUAAUUUUUCAUAAAAUGUACAUUUCAAUUUUUUAAAAAUAAUUUAUGUUCUCAAUGCAAAUUUAUAUUAUAAUUUUAAAAUAUAGAAUUGCAUAUUAAUUUAAAUCCAUGUUAACUUAUGUGGUAUACGGUAAUAAAAUUCUUGAUUUUG